CCGCCCUCCCUCCACCUCUAUCUCCACCUCAGCCAGCUCCGAAAUCGCACAGCGAGAGGAGAGAGGACAUUUCAUCCGCGCCUUUGAUAGUAAUCGGGGCACGCCGUUCCGAUUCAGACUUCUCACCCAGGACGCCGGUGUCUCCAGCCUGUCAGUCCCGCCGUGCAGCCAGCAGCACCGUGCAGCUCCGUGUCGUGCCGCUCCGCGCCCGACCGGACCGGUCGCAUUCCCCUGGAGAGCAGUUUAUUCCCGGGAAGCUGGAUGAAUUAUUGGAGAGUUGUGAACAAGUGCGAGAAGAAAGCUGGGGCUCGGGAUCUGCCGCCUCGCUCCGUCCAGGGAAGACAAAGCUCAGUCAGAGUUGUGGACGAUAAUGGAGGGGACGUCCCUGUAUCUUCCUAUUGUUAUUUUACUGAUGCAAUGUUCCCCCUCUGUUCCUGUAACCGUGUCCACCAACAGGCACAAGGUGGAGGUACGCGAGUUCUCAGAUGCGGUGCUGUCCUGCAUGUUCCGCACAGAGAAAGACCAGAACCCGCGCAUCGAGUGGAAGAAGAAGGGGAAAGAUGUUUCCUUUGUGUACUUUGAUGGCCACUUCAGAGGUCCCUUUGACGGCCGGGCGACCAUCGAAGGGGCCACGGUGACGCUGCAGAGGGUGACCCAGGAGGAUGCCGGGGAGUACCGCUGUGAGAUCAGUGCUCCUCUUGACUCUGUCAGCCUCGGCGAGACCAACGUGACGCUGAAGGUCCUGGUCCCCCCCCACACCCCGUCCUGUGAGAUCCCCAGUUCGGCAGUGACAGGCUCAGUGGUGCAGCUCCGCUGUAAGGACCAACAAAGCAUCCCGCCCGCUACGUACUCCUGGUUCAAGGACAACCAGCCAAUCAGCCAGCCUCGCCAUGCCAACGCCACCUAUUUAAUCAACUCACACACAGGAAUAUUGGAGUUCAAAGCUGUAGCCAAAGAGGACACGGGCCGGUACAGCUGCCUGGCGUCGAACGGCGUGGGGCCGCCCAAAAUGUGUGAGGGCAAGCACAUGGCAAUAGAGGACAUCAACAUCACAGCAGUGGUGGCGGCGGUGGUGGUGGUCUGCCUGGUCAUCGUGGUCUGCGGCUGUGGAGGACUCCUCCUACACCGCAACGGUUUCUUCAGCGCAGGACAUCGAGGAAGGUCCUUUUGGAUCUCCCAGUGUCACGGUGCAGCCCACAUCAGCAGCCAAACCCUGCACAGAACAGAGGACACGUCCAAUGUCAACUAUCUCCCUCCACCUCAAGAACCGCAGGAUUUUAAACACACCCAGUCCUUCAUGCUCUGAGAAGCUGGCCUCUCCGUGAGAAUUAAUCCACCCUCGUGACAAGGUGCCAACACUGAAGUCUCAGAUUUUAUUUUUUUUUUCUUCGGACUCUGAUUGAGGUCUUGAUCUUCCACUGCAGGCUAAUUUCCAUCCACUUCCUCUACCAGUCCUUUUGGAUGGGUUAUGACAAGCUCGUUUGCGAAGCUUCUUACUCUCUUGCUUUGCUGUGUGGUUGCCUCUGUCAUUUCUGCCCUUAUGAGAAUAAGUAGUUUCAUGGCACUCUGCUCCCCCCUGGUGGUCAGAUGUUGAAACAAUUUCUUUUCUGAAUGAUCCAGGGACCAGUGGAGACUUCUACACACUUUGUAAAGUCCCUCUGCAGGCCAAUGAUUUAACUUUGUUUUAACCAAAGACUGAACAGUUAAUUUAAGGAUUUUUUGUUUUUGUUUUAAAAACUGAACCGUCACAUGGGAUUUCUCAUUAAAGCCAUAGAGAAAACAUCUGAAUCUACACAAACAUAAAUGCAGUUUACCUCAGACGGUAUUUUGUCUUCUGUAAAACUGGGGCCACGGUGCCACAAAUGAUCCUCAAGAGCUUAAUAAGAACACAGAACCAGACAAAGCCAGUCCAAGAGAACCGGAAGCCGCUCCAGUCAGUUCUACUGAGACCAACCCCAUUCCAUCCCAAUGUGCCUGCAUGGUCUUUUUAUAAAUAUAUAUAUAUACUUUGUGCCUUUUUAAUUUGUCUGUCAUUUAUCUAUGAUCACAGUUUUUUGUAAAGAACUUGCCUUACUGUUUUCUGUCUUUAUAUUUUUGUGCCACUGUUUAUCAAUGUUUAUUAAAAAUGGAGUGUCUGUUUUUAGACUGUGUGAAUGGAUUCUUCAGAGUUUUAUUUGAAUGGUGUAUCAGUAAUAAAGUUUUUCUAUUCAAAAUCA